GAAAAGAACUGCUACGAAUACAAUAUGGGGCGGAGAAGUUCAAAUCCAAGCACUUUCUAUAGCUCUAUCUCAUCCUAUCUAUUCAUACAUCCAAUUUGACAACAAUCCAAAAAAUAGACAUUAUAUUCCAUUGAAUAUUAGUGUACAGGAAUUAAUCGAUCGAUUUAAUAAAGGAACAGCAGAUAUAUAUGCUAGUACAUCAGGAACUGGCUAUCUAAAGGUAGCUAAUCGCAUUGCCAGUGUUGACAGUGGUCCUAUCAAUGGUGGUGCUGCUCAAGAAGUUUAUUAUAAUGGCUAUCCCGAUUAUUUCUGUAUAACAAUGCGUGUUACACCAGCAUUACAUUUAUCUAUAUUAUCAAUUGAUUAUUUGCCAAGUUUAAUGCCAUUGGAUUCUAAAAUGCCACAUCUUCGUGAAUUAACAAUAGGCAAGAAUAUAAUAGUUAAUGUUAUAGAGCGGUUUAAAUCUUCUCAAUUUGAACGAAUCCGUAAACUUCAAAUAAGCAUUGCCGACCAGCAUAGUGAUUAUAUUAUUGAAGAAUUAUUUCGUAUUUUUCCAUUGACGCAGCAUCUUAUUUGUAAAUCUCCUAUUCGAUCACAACGAAUUAUGAAUUGUAGAAGUAUUACACGUGCAUACUAUCGUAAUUCGGUUGGUGUUCUUCUUAUUUAUGAUACAAUAAAUUAUGUCAGUUUUACUCAUGUAACCGGUUGGUUAAAUGAAGCUCGUGCACAAAUUCAACCAUAUCAAUCUGUUUUUCUUCUUGUCUGUACAAAACUUGAUCGAGAAUCUUAA